GAGUUGGACAAGUUUAGUGGAUUGAGAGAGAGAGGGACAAGUUUUUUGAAUUUUUUUUUUUUUUUUUAAAUUCUGAAAAGCAGAGAAGGGAGGAAGAUUAAGGAUAUAUAUAUAUACACGGAUAUAGAGUUAUAUAUAUUACAUCCCUGGAGAACUACACCUUGAAAUCAUCUUCAAAUUGAGAGGGAGAGAUAGUAAGAGAAAAAUGGCAGAUUCUUCUAGCGAUUCGGUAUCUAUUGAUAUGGAGACUCCUUCUCCGUCUGGAAAGGAGAACCUUGUAAAAACUUCCCAUGGUUUAGUUUCUGUUACUGUGUAUGGAGAUCAGGACAAGCCAGCUCUCAUCACUUAUCCAGAUUUAGCUCUGAACUAUAUGUCUUGUUUUCAAGGAUUAUUCUUUUGUCCAGAAGCAUGUUCCUUGCUCCUCCACAACUUUUGCAUAUAUCAUAUAAGUCCUCCUGGGCAUGAGUUGGGAGCUGAUGCAAUUAGCACUGAUGAACCUGUCCUUUCUGUUGAUGAAUUGGCUGAUCAGAUUUCUGAGGUUCUCAACUAUUUUGGACUUGGUGCAGUGAUGUGUUUGGGGGUUACAGCAGGAGCUUACAUUCUUACCCUAUUUGCUAUAAAAUACAGGCAACGAGUGCGUGGUUUGAUACUAGUUUCUCCACUGUGCAAAGUGCCUUCUUGGACAGAGUGGUUCUGUAAUAAGGUGAUGUUAAACUUACUUUACUUCUAUGGCAUGUGUGGAGUGGUAAAGGAGUUAUUGCUAAAGCGAUAUUUCAGUAAGGAAGUUCGUGGCAGCGCUCAAAUACCUGAAUCUGAUAUAGUUCAGGAAUGCAGAAGACUGCUGGAUGAGAGGCAGUCUACAAAUGUGUGGCGGUUUCUUGAAGCAAUUAAUAGGAGACCAGACCUUAGUGAAGGGUUGAGGAAACUACAAUGCCGCUCUCUAAUAUUUGUUGGGGAGAACUCUCCAUUUCAUUCUGAGGCUGUCCACAUGACUUCAAAAAUAGAUAGAAGAUAUAGUGCCUUAGUUGAGGUUCAGGCCUGUGGAUCAAUGGUAACAGAGGAGCAGCCUCAUGCUAUGUUGACACCAAUGGAGUAUUUUCUCAUGGGAUACGGAUUAUACAGCCCGACACUAAGUGUCAGCCCUAGAAGCCCAUUGAGUCUGUGUUGCAUCUCUCCCGAGCUUCUCUCACCAGAAAGUAUGGGCAUCAAGUUAAAACCAAUAAAAACUCGACUUUCUACAUAAAUCCAAAAAGAGAUGAACUCAAGCAAGGUUCCUUUUGUGGUAAGUUUUUUGAAGGUGUUUAUAGCUUUUGAUUGGCGGGCGUCGAUAAAAAAGGGAAUUUAUAGGAGCUUUCUAGAUAGAGAAAAAGGAGGAAAGAUAAUAGGAGCAUAUUAAAUAGAAAUCAGAUAUCAUUCUUUUAUAUGAAUCCAUAAAGAGUGGUAGAGAAUGGCCUGAGUCAUCUGUAAAUCCUCAUGAAUAAUUUACCAGCUACAAGCAAAUAAAGAUAGUAUAAAAUAUGUGUGGGAUGAGUUUGUGAUUUUUCAGCUUGUAAAGUAUAUGCGUUGUCAUUGGAUUCUGUCAAGUUGAUUUAUUGCAAUUUUAAGCUGGCAUGGGAUGAUGAUGAGAGAACA